GAAAAAUAUAAUAAUUUUAAUUAAUCCUGAAGUAAUAAGACAAUGGAGCCAAAUAUUGGGACAAGAUUUAGCGUCCGAUUCAAAAUGUAAUCAAUUUAUAUGUGAUGAACAUUUUGAGGAAGAUUACAUUAUCAGAAACGAUGUAAUAAGUAUACCAGGUCAGAAACCAUUUGUUUCUGAAAGGAAAAAAAUUAUUCUUAAGCGUGAUGCUAUUCCAAUAUUGGAUAAAAAUAUCGACCAGGUGAUAGAAUCUCCAAUUAAUACUCUAGUUACUGAAAAUGAAAAUGAAAGUACUUCAAGUAAUAAAUGUGAGAGUGUGGCAGUAACAAAUGAUGAAGUUGUUGUCAUUAAUCAGGAAUUAAUUCAUUUACUAAGCGAAAAUCGUACUAUUGAACCUAAUGUUAUUGGAGAAGCCGAGUGUAGAAAUUCCGAGUUAUCAGAAUCACGCACAAACUUUUCGAUAUACGAUUUAAUGAAAAAUUUAGAGACGCAAAAGUUACCUAAAAAAUGGAGCUGGGUUGAUGAUUAUUUGAAUCCACCAGCAGUUAUUCUUUGCCAUUUGGAUUAUAAAUGUUAUGACCUAAAGUUCCGUGUGAAAAUUGAUAAAGCCCUGAAUAUAACAGUCACAAAUGUAAAAAUCAACCAGACAAAAAAAAUUGAUUAUGUUACCUCAAAUAUGUGUGAUUUUUGGAAAUUGUUAGAGUUUUUGGAAGCUUCUCAAAUGUGUAGUGGAAGUGGAUGUGAUAGUAAAAAAUCUUCAGUAGCAUGUACGGUAUUGUUAGAGCCGAAAAAACUAUAUAAGAAACAGGCAGCAAUAUAUCGAUGUGACUCAUGUCGACAAGUGAGAAAAAAAAUAGGUAAUCAAUUGUAUAGACCAAAAUUGGAUAUUGAUGCGAAAAAUAAAAAACUAAAACUUAAGCUAAACUCAGUAAAAAAGAAAAAUAUUCGCUUAACUAAUAAGAAUGAAACUUUAAAACUAACCGUUGAAGAAGAAAGACAAAGGUGUGCUCAUGCUUCUGAAACACUAAUCAACCAAGAAAUUUUAAACUUACCUCCUAUUCAACAAGAAACGGUUAAAGCUUGUUUUGCAGCUGCAAAAGCUAAAAACUCUAAACAACGGAGAUAUACAAUUGAGUGGGUAUAUGAGUGCCUCUUAAUUAGAAUAAAGAGUUCCUCUGUUUAUGAUAGACUCCGAUCUAGACAAAUUUUACCCCUUCCUUGUAAAGAUACACUUCAAAAAUACAUUCAAAAACUAGACAGCGCGUUUGGUUUUUCUGAAGCUCUUUUUGAAACUCUUAAAUUAAAAGGUUCUCGAAUGGAAGUAAACGAGAAGAGGGGUAUUUUAAAUUUUACUUAUUUCUUGCGUGUUGCAGCAGAUAGUAGAACUAACAAUGGCACACUUUUGCUUGAUGAAGUAGCAUUAAGUGAAGCUACAAACUUAAAUCAACGAACUAUGCAGCUCGAUGGUUUUGUUGAUUUGGGUUCUUAUACACCGGAAAAGGAUCUCAACACUCGAGCUGACCACGCACUAGUAUUCAUGUUUCAACCUUUUCAAGGUGAUUGGGUGCAAGUGAUAGGCUGCUUUCUCAGCCGAAGUGCGACUAUCAGCGAAAUUCUCCAUAAGUUGAUAAUUGAAUGUGUAUUACUGCUGGAAAAUGUUGGUUUUAAAGUUGAUGCAGUUACUUGUGAUGGAGCUCAAUGGAAUCGAGGUGCAUGGAAGUUAUUUGGUAUUGAAGACUACAAAUUUAGUUGUCAGCUCCACAUGAUCCGAGUCGGCGUUUAUGAUGUAGAUUCUAUAUAUUACUUCAAUUCACAGACACCAGAUGGUUUUGUUUACCGUAAAUAUUGGGAGGCACUGUUAACUUACGAGAAUAGCUUUAAAGCAAAUUUAUCCGUAACAUAUAAAUUAACACCUGGUCACAUAAAACCGGAGCAGUAUCAAAAAAUGAACGUUCUUUUGGCUAUGGAGUUGUUUUCAAAGCGAUUGAGAGUGACAAUGGAGAUGUAUGCGGACAAUUGCCCCGAGCUUAGAGGAUGUGAAUCUACAAUUGCAUUUAUGGAGAGGGUUGAUCGACUUAUUACUGCUAUGACUUCAAGAACUCCGAUGAAUGCUUUACGCGCUGAUCCUUCAUGUGAAAUGAGAAAGGCUAUCACUGACUUUAUUAAGUAUCUCCGAGAAUGGGAAGAACAUGCAAUAGAAGAAAAGAAAAGGUACAAAGACUUGCGGGAAAGCUUAGACGAGGAUCAACUACCUGGAAAAUUUUUUUUUGCAAUCACCCCAAGCACUCUGACUGGAUUAAAGAUCUCUCUUGGGGCGACCUUAGAACUUAUUGAUUUUUUACAUAACGAAUGUAACUACGAUUAUCUUAUGACAAUAAGUCUCACUCAAGAUGCUUUUAGAGGUAAAUAUACUUUACUUGAUGUUUGA